AUGUCGCUGGGCAGAGGCGGCAGGCUGAAGCUGGACAUGUUCACCCAUCCGGUUCGGAAGAAUCUGGAUCACUCAUACUUUGACACAAACUGGGCGCUACUGGAGAACGCCAUCAAGGAGAUCAACAACCACAAUGCCAGCCGGCUCAGCUUCGAGCAGCUGUACCGCACCGCCUACCAGCUGGUGGUGGACAAGUUUGGGCACCGGCUGUACGCCGCCGUGCGCGAGGCGGAGGCCGAGUACCUGCGCGGCGUGGCGGAGCGCCUGGACCUCCUGCCCUCCCCCUCCUUCCUCCCCGGGCUGAAGUACGAGUGGGAACGGCACAUGAAGAGCAUGGGCGUCAUCCGCGCCUUCCUCCUGUACAUGGAGCGCAUGUACAUCCCCAACCAGCCCCAGCUCGCGCCGCUGAACCAGCUGGGGCUGGACCUGUGGCGCGACGGCGUCGUCCGCGCGCCGCGCAUCGCGCCGCGCGCGCGCGCGCUGCUGCUGGAGGCCGUCGCGCGGGACAGGGGGGGCGAGCUGGUGGACGCCUCGCUGCUCAAGGCCAUCACAAGCAUGUACAUGGACCUGGGGCCCGUGGUAUACCGCGACGACUUUGAGACCCCCUUCCUGGAGCAGACCUCCCUGUUUUACGCGGCGGAGGCCGCGUCGCUGCUCCAGGCGGCCGACUGCCCCGCCUACCUGGCCGCCGCGGCGCGGAGGCUGGAGGAGGAGCGCGCGCGCGCGCAGGCCUACCUCUGCCCCGCCUCCGCGCCGCGCCUGCUGGGCGCCGUGGAGCGCGCGCUGAUCGGCGACCAGCUCCCCGCCCUGCUGGAUCUGCCCGGCACGGGGCUGGUGCCCAUGCUGCGCGCGCGGCAGUACGACGACCUGCACGUCCUGUACCGGCUGGCGGCGCGCGUGCCGGGCGGGCCUGUGCUGGUGCAGGAGGCGCUGGGCGCGCACCUGCGCGAGGCGGGCAAGGCGCUGGUCACCGACCCGGAGCGGGCCAAGGACCCGCUGGCCUUCGAGCGUGAUGUCUGGGAGAACCUGGUCGACAAGGCGUUUGCCGGGGACAGGCAGUUUGUGUACACUGUCAACCGGGCCUUCGAGGCGUUCCUGAACCUUAACCCGCGCUCCCCGGAGUACAUCUCGCUGUACAUGGACGACAAGCUGCGCCGGGGUCUCAAGGGGACCAGCGAGGAGGAGCUGGAGUCGGCCCUGGACAAGGCCAUCCUGCUGUUCAGGUUCCUGCAGGAGAAGGACGUGUUUGAGCGCUACUACAAGCAGCACCUGGCCAAGCGCCUGCUGCAGGGCCGCAUCUCCUCCGACGACGCAGGCAUGGCGGGGAAGAGGUCGUGUCUGACGUGGCAGCCGGGCAUGGGCACAGCAGAGAUCAAGGCCAACUUCGGAGGGAAGCGGCACGAGCUCAGCUGCAACACGCACCAGAUGGUGGUGCUCAUGCUCUUCAACGACAGUGACCGGCUCACCACCCGGGAGAUCCUGGCCGCCACCCAGGUGCCGGACGCCGAGCUCCGGCGAGUGCUGCAGAGCCUGGCCUGUGUCAAGGGGAAAAACGUCCUUCGCAAGGAGCCAAUGAGCAAGGAGAUUGGGGACGCGGACGUGUUCUCCGUCAACGACUCCUUCCAAUCGCGCCUGUACAAGGUCAAGAUCGGCAUGGUGGUGGCCCAGCGUGAGAGCGACGAGGGGAAGGAGGAGACACGGGAGCGCGUGGAGGAGGACCGCAAACCGCAGAUCGAGGCCGCCAUUGUCCGCAUCAUGAAGGCUCGCAAGCAGUUGUCGCACAACAGCAUUGUGAGCGAAGUGACGCGACAGCUGGCUGUGCGCUUCAUCCCCAACCAGCAGGUGAUCAAGAAGCGGAUCGAGAGCCUCAUCGAGAGAGACUUCAUGGAGCGGGACGCGACAGACAGGACGCUGUACCGCUACAUAGCCUAG